AUGAAUGCCAUCCCACUCGUCCUCGUGUAUGUGUUUAUUGUCAGCAGCAGUUUGCCCGCACCGUUUCUUCCCGGCAUUCGGACAUUAACUGGAGUUGACGCCGUACGUAGUGGUUCGGUAGGUGGGAAAUACUCUGCGAUGCGGCUAGAUAAAACCGUGUCAGUUAUAGAGCGCGCGCUGAUAGGGUUCCGAAAGGGACAUGACAUGUGCCCGUACGGGUUCGCAAUGGUGGAGCGUGUUGACACCGGUGCGUUGCUCUGUGUGAAUUGUUCGCAAACGCAAGCUGUUGUUGGACUUGUGCCGCACAGUAACCAGUCGCAACGGUGUGUACAAUGUGGCGGUGACAACCGUAUUGCUGGGUUGAGGGAUGCUACCUACGUGAAGGAUACCGGGACAUGCGCCUGCCCCCAAGGGUAUCAAGUGGUUGAGUUCAUUGGUACUGUGGUGCUUGUCGCGCAGAUGUGUGCACCUUGUGCAGAUGGAGAUUGUAACACAUGUACUUCCCCGUUAGUCAAAGAUAGGAAAGGUCGCUGUGUCUGUGCUGGCGUUUAUGUCCAACUCGAUGACGGUUCUUGUGUUCUGCCAUCGGUGCAGGUCGAGGCACGUAAGCCGGUGGAGGCUACCACGGCAACACUGUUGCCAGUGGAUACAGAGGGUGGAGGAAUAUGGGGGCCGCCUCUGACUUGUGAAAAUAUUGAAGAAUAUUCCGCUGAUGCGGCCGUGAGGUGUGAGGGUUUGGACAAAAGCGCAUGCAACAUGUUGGCUAACUUGUGUGUGUUUAUGAAUUUCGACGAGGCAUCAACACCGUGCCGUUUAUACGAUACUCUUUUUUCGCAAAGCCCCACUAAACCCUAUAUGCCACCGCUUUACUACGGUAGAGAUGACACUGUCGGGUCGGUCGUCUUGAACUCCUCUUCGCUUACCGGAGCACCGGCUACUCUGACAUUUGUGGUUGCACGUUACGAUUUGAAUGGUAUCUUGGUUGGAAAGAGCCUAUUGUCGCGUGAUUUUAAGUUAUGCAACACUCCAGGCUCGAUUUUCACGAACUUCUUUGUAGUUGCGUCCAACAGGGAACUUCGAUGCUCUGUUAAGUGGGAAGAAUUGGAAUCCGACUACUCGACUACACAGUUCUUUGAACUGUUUCUUGUUAAUCCGUUUAAUGUUUCUGAUGAUAUUCCCAUUCCCCUCGUUGUGGACGACACAGACGGCGGUAUAUCUCCCAGUAACGCUCGAGAAGUUCACGUCUUAAGCAUGAUCACAGGGGGUUACAAACGCCGGUUUUACAUGUAUGGCAGGGGUUGUACUCGAAAAGGCAAUUCGACCGAGCAGGUGCUAACCGAUUAUCACGUUACAACCGUGCGGCGGGUGGUUUUUGUAUUCAACGUGGAGGGCCCCUCGAUUCAGCGGCGGCUGAAGGCUCCUGCUGCCAUUUUGCAACUAGCUUCAACAAAGUUGUAUGAUGAUGCACCCUCCUUUUCGGCACCUUCAAAUGAUACCUACUUGACCAGGAGUGUUGCAGUGCUAUUCACAUUGGUAGACGAUCCCAUGGACGUAGUCGCUAUGAGAGCGAUGGUAACGGCUUGUGUCUUGUGUUUUUGCACAGCGUGGAUGAGAACAUUUGGCUGGAUGCGCAGAAGACAAAACAUGAUACUGAAUGGCGGUGCAGCCAUUCGCUUCUUGGUGUAUUUUUGUGACCACUCCGGGAACAUGUUUGCGCUCAUCACGUUGCUAGCAUCAUGGUACUUGUUUUUUGUGUAUAAGUUUCAGGACGUUUCCGCAGUUGUUGUGAUUAAGGAUAAGUAUGUGUGUUUUGAGGCUAUGAUGUACGUGUCCGCGGCGGCUAAGGGGAUUGCUGUUCUUUUUGCCGUUAUAGAACAAUGCAACGCCGAUUACUUCGUGAUAGACUGGGAAAGAAGCAAAGGCCAGCUACUGCGUGAGAACCGCGUGUUGCCCGUAAGCAUGUGGCGAUCUACCUUUGUCGCCAAUGAAUUGAAUGGCCUGCAGGUGCUGCGCCAGUGGCAUCCUCUUUUUACCAUGGUAAUGAUGCUGUUCUUCCUUUCAGGCUUGAACUAUGUAAGAUAUGCGGAAAGUGUGCCUAUCGACUCUGCACCCGGUGGUGUGGGUGUGUACCAAGUUACCACGCUGCGCUUCGCGCUUGUCACAUUAGUGUGUAUUAUCGUAUUUGUUGUGGUGCAUGUUCUUGAGUUUCAGUUCUAUUACCGCUUUGUUUGUGUUCACCCACUGCAGAGUUUUGUGGACCUUUGCUCUGUGUCCAAUAUUUCCGUAUUGAUAUUGCCUGAAGAACAGUGGGGUUACUAUAUCCACGGUGAGUCUAUCCACGCUCACUCGGAUGUGAGCAUGGAGGAAUUCCAGCAAAACUUGUGCUUGGAAGCUCAAGGUGAUUUGCCGGUGCGUGGUCUCGGAGGACAAAGCGAGUGCCAAACAUUUGAGGUAUUUAUGGGUGUGCACACGCGGCAAUACCUUUACGUUUGCUCGGCCAGUAUUGAGGAGGAGCAACAACGGGCACUCGGUAAACCACCGAGCCCGGUGUACACUGGUAAGAAGUGGCAUUUUUUGAAGUGCCUUUUCGGUGUGUCACGUAAGCCCCGCGCUUAUGAUUCAGGCACGCUUGCACUAAAGAAACUCAUCAAUGAUACGCUCCGGAAGAGCAUUAGACGUGCGGAGGGAACGCUGCUGUCGAAGUCUGUAAUGCAUGGUUCACUCGACAUAGCACCAAAUGUACUUUAUAUGAAUGGUCCACAGUCGGGAGAUAAGGCAGGCAAGGAUGUGUUUUUUGUGGAUGAUGUAACGGCAUACGGCAAAGCGUUUCUUUACGGUAUGGACAUUGAUUUGUUCAUAUUUUACAUGAUGCUGUACGCAUCGGUAGAUGUGGCCACACACAACUUAUUUUAUGCAUUUGCCAUCACUUUUGCCGUCGAGUUUCUCCUUCGAUGGUACAGAAUGACUGAAGGCGUCGUAAAUAUUAGCUCUAAAACUCUUAUAGACGAUCGGUUCUUUAUUUAA